GCAUGGGCAUGAUGAGCGGCGGCGUACCCGGCCCGCGGCCGCCGCCUGGCGGCCCGACAGCUUUGCGGCCACCGUUUGGCGCCCCGGCUGGGGCUGGUGGGCCGCUGCCACGGCCGCCAUUUGGGGGGGCGCCGCCCACGGGGCUGCCUCCUGUCAUGGGUGGGCCCUGGCAGGUGCCGCCGCACCAGCAGCCGCAAAUGCCAGGGCCCUUCCUCGGGGGGCCGCGCCUGACGUUUGUGCAGCAGCAGCCCGGCGUCGGCCCCCCGAUGCUGCCAGCAGCCGGUGGCGGCGGCCAACACGGAGGCGGCGGCGGCGGCCGUGGCCGCGGGAGGGGACGGGGUGGCGGCGGCAAAAUGCCGCGGACGGGCGACUUUGACAGCGGCAGCUUUGACAGCGGGAAUAGUGGCGGCAGGGGCGGCGGCGGCAGGGGCCGGGGCGGCGGCGGCGGUCAUAGCGGCGGCGGGGACAUCUCUCGCUAUUACUCGCCCGCUUUCAGCCAGGACCCCUGGGCGCCCCUCAUUCGGCAGCUGCGGCUGCAGGCGGGCAAAAACAGCGGCGGCGGCGGCGGCGCUGGGCCAGGCGGGGGCCAGCAGGCGGCGCCCCAGCAGCAGCAGCAGCGGCAACAGGAGGAGGAGGUGGAUCGGCAAGGUCAGGCCGAGGAGGAGGACGAGGAAGAGGAGGAGGUCGACGAGGACGACAGGCCGGAUGAGGAGGAGGCGCUGGAGUGA